GUCUCUCUCUUAAACAAAAGGCCGCCGCCUUCUUCUUUCUUAGCGAUGUCAUCAUCUCCUCCUCCUCCUCCGCUGCCGUCGUCGAUGGAGUCCCUCAUCCUCCAGCUCCACGAAAUCUCCGCCGUCAAAUUCGGCAACUUCAAGCUGAAAUCCGGCAUCUCCUCCCCAAUCUACAUCGACCUCCGCCUCAUCGUCUCCUACCCUUCCCUCCUCCGCCAAAUCUCCCAAACCCUAAUCGCCGCCGUCCCCUCCUCCACCCCCUACGACCUCCUCUGCGGCGUCCCCUACACCGCCCUCCCCAUCGCCACCUGCAUCAGCACCUCCCGCGACGUCCCCAUGCUCAUGCGCCGCAAGGAGGUCAAGGACUACGGCACCGCCAAGGCCAUCGAGGGCCACUUCAACUCCGGCCAGGUCUGCCUCAUCAUCGAGGACCUCGUCACCAGCGGCGCCUCCGUUCUCGAGACCGCGGCGCCGCUCCGGGCCGCCGGCCUCAAGGUGUGCGACGCCGUGGUCCUCAUCGACCGCGAGCAGGGAGGGAGGGAGAAUCUGGAGCAGAACGGAAUCAGGCUCCACGCGCUGUUCCGGCUGAGCGAGAUGGUUAGGGUUUUGAAGGAGAAGGGGAAAGUGGCGGAGGAGACGGUGGCGGCGGUGCUGAGGUUUCUGGAGGAGAAUCGGAGAGUGGCGGUGCCCAAGGUGGAGAAGGAGAAGGUUAAAUGGGUAGGGUUUGAGGAGAGGGCGAGGAUGAGUAAGAAUCCGACGGGGAAGAAGCUCUUUGAGAUCAUGGCGCAGAAGAAGACCAACCUCUGCCUGGCUGCUGAUGUUGCUACUGCUCAGGAGUUACUCGCCAUUGCUCACCAGGUUGGGCCUGAGAUAUGCUUAUUGAAAACUCAUGUUGACAUACUGCCUGAUUUUACUCCUGCAUUUGGUUCUAAACUUCGCGCGAUUGCAGAAAGACAUAAUUUCUUAAUAUUUGAAGACCGUAAGUUUGCAGACAUAGGCAAUACUGUGACAAUGCAGUAUGAAGGAGGUAUAUUCCAUAUAUUGGACUGGGCAGACAUAGUAAAUGCUCACAUAAUCUCUGGUCCAGGGAUUGUUGAUGGACUGAAGUUGAAGGGUUUGCCUCGUGGUAGAGGCCUGUUGCUGCUUGCCGAAAUGAGCUCAGCUGGAAACCUCGCCAAGGGAGACUACACAGCUGCAGCAGUGAAGAUUGCUGAAGACCAUUCGGACUUUGUUAUUGGAUUUAUUUCAGUAAAUCCGGCAUCAUGGCCAGGCGCUCCAGUAAAUCCAGCUUUCAUCCAGGCAACCCCUGGGGUGCAAAUGGUCACUGGUGGUGAUGCUCUAGGACAGCAAUACAACACUCCUAGAUCUGUCAUAAAUGAUAGAGGUAGCGACAUCAUAAUCGUUGGCCGUGGAAUUAUAAAGGCUGCAAACCCAGCACUGGCAGCUCGUGAAUACCGUAUUGAAGGAUGGCUUGGAUAUGAAACUAAAUGCUGCAGCAACUGAGGUUAUUGCUCCUUCAAGAGGCUUGCCCCCUUGUUUCUCUUCUGUUAGAUUAGAUGGUUUGUCUUCAAGAGAUGAGAUGAUUAUGUUCAACAUAAAACAAGGGGAACUAAGAUUUGUACUAUAUGGAUCUUAAAGUUUUUUCCUCCAGAAACGACCCGUAGCUCAAUUAUAUUAAUAUUUCGCAUA